UCUCAGGUAUACACGCAUCUCGUAUAUACGCUCUCAGGUAUAUACGCAUCGUGGUAUUAACCAAAUUAACCAAAAGUCGGUACCCGCGUGGAUGCAGUCGGAUAGCUAAGAGAGAAGCAAAGGACAAAUUUGAUUUUCAUAUCGAGCCACGUGGAAGAUAUUCACUUUGCAAAAUGAAACAGUUUGCGCACUAUUAUAUAUGUCUGGCUGUAUUAACAGCGGUCUCUGCGAGAUCAGCUGAAACUAAUCCCAUAUCUAAUUCCAUCAAUGAGCAACAAACCGCAAGAUCGAAUAGUAAUGGCCUAUUUAGCGACUUACGCUCUGUCUAUCAAGUAUACAAGGAAUGUUCCGGUGCGGAACUAAGUCCUUGUCUAAAGCUGAAACUCUUGUCGGCUAUAGAUAGGGUUUCUCGAACUGCACAAUUGAAUGUAGCUGAUGGCGUCACGCUAGUUCAAGAUGAAUCAUCUACUAAUGAAUCUGAACCAGAAAAAUCUAUGCAGGAAAUUGAGGCUAGUUUACCCCGAGCAUUGGAAGACAAAGAGGACGCUCUUAAUAACAUGAUUUUCGACAAAAUUGCCAAAUUCUUUCAAAGUCAUACUCUAAAGCUAAAGUUACCGAAUGUAGAAGAAUUUCAACGUAGUCUCACGGAAGAAGGUCGUAAGAAGAAAGGUAAAAUGGGUGGUCUUCUUGCUAUUCCUUUAUUAAUUGGUGGUACAUUAGUACCCCUGGCGCUCGGCGCUCUCGCGCUGUUAGCUGGUAAAGCAUUGAUAGUGAGCAAACUUGCUCUCGUACUCGCUUCUAUCAUCGGAUUGAAGAAACUCGUAUCUGGUAGCCACGAGCAUGGACACGAAGUCGUUCAAGUUGGGGGAGGACAUGGAUCGGGCGGAUGGGCGAGAUCGGGACAUGAUAUCGCCUAUUCCGCAUACAAACCAUCGUCAAUCUAGGAAAAAAAUUACAAACGUUAUCAUAGCAUCUUUUUAAUCAUGUCGUCAUUUCCUCUUGCAAAAUUUUCUUCUUUUUUUUCGUGUAAUUUUUAUUUAUUUCCAUCUUGCGGAUAAUUCUCUCUAAACUAUUGAUAAAACUCUCAUAUUUGUAAUUUCUCUUUUCGCUGUCUCUUAUUCAGUUGUGUUCACUCUACGACAUUUUAGAUCAUCGCACGUAUGAAAUCAUUCACGCACCAAUCAUCCUCGAUAUUUAUUGUUUUGCGUA